GGAGAUGGCGUGUUUGCGCGCUCACACACCGCCUGCUCACUGAACAUCUGCGCUCCACCGCUGUCUCUGCCUCUCUGUGCCACGGGCUACUCAGGUCUCCCUGCCGCGUCUGACGCUGUCUGCAGCUGUCACUGCCGCUGUCUCCUGCCGCUCCACGAGGACUGCACUGCACGGAGGCUGUGUUGUUGCCCUGGUACAUCCACCUCCAGACAAAAGCCUGAGGGCCCCUGUGUCUCCUCUGCCUGGAGCCUGUGCAGGGCCACUCUAUCCCCUCCUAAAGAAGCCUGUUGAGGGCUCUUGUGUCCCUGUGCCUGGAGGGUUUUAAACAUCUUGCACACAUGAGGACCAGUCUGCUGUUCCUGGGGCUCCUGCUGCUCCCCUCUGUCCGGGCAGUGUGUCCAGACAAGCAGCCUGGACUAAAGACAUGGCUGCCCGGGCACAGCGAGCACCAUCGUGUCACCAUUGGCCGUGGUCAGAAGGUCCUCCUCAGAGCUUCAGCCACAGUGCACUCCCUGGAGAUCCUGUCUGGAGGGAAGCUGGUGAUCGCGGACACUCACCGCCCCCUCCUGCUGAGGGCCAGACACAUCCUGAUUGGGGACGGAGGGGAGAUGCACGUGGGCAGCCCUGACUGUCCCUACAGAGGCAACCUGACCAUCUCACUCUAUGGAAGACCUGACGACAGAGAAGUGCCGCACAGCUACUUUGGUCAUAAGUACAUCGGCGUGGGGACAGGGGCAACUCUGGAGAUCCAUGGGGCCCCCAAACUCUCCUGGACGUUCCUGAGCAAGACCCUGCUCCCUGGCCAAAGUAGCAGUAACCAGAGCUACCAGUUCCAGAGGGGCUGGGGUCACCGCGGCAUCAUCGUGCACCUGCUGAGCCCCCGGACAGGACAGAUGCUGAAGGAUGACAGGUUUGACACGUACCGCAGUCAGAACGAGAGCGUGCGUCUGGCUCACUUCCUGGACGCGGUGGACCCAGGGAUCAUCGUGGUCAUGGUGGUCAAUGAUGAAGCCUCUAACAACCUGGAGGACAUGGCCAAGAGCCGCGUGUCCCAGCUGGGCAGCCGUCACAUCCGAACGCUCGGCUUCAGACACCCCUGGACCCUGAUUGCAGUGAAGGGAGAGCCCUCAUCAGCGGUGGAAGACCACUCAGUUUAUCAGGGGACCAAGUCUUCCAGCGAGGCCCAUGUCUCCCGCACGUUCCACUCUAAAGAAGAGGGGCUGUCCUUUAACGUCACUGCUUCCAGCCAGUGGGUGCAAGAGGCCGAGUGGACCGAGUGGCUGAGCAGAGAUGACCAGCGCGGCUCUGGAGACUGGGAGAAACUGUCUGACCUCAUUAAGGCAUUCCCCCAACACCUCUGCCCCAACCCCCUGGACAUGCAGGCUGAGACCAUAGAAGGAGUCCCGGCUGAGCAGAGUGGAGACAUUAUCCACAAGAAGGACAAAGAGUACGGUUUUGUGUGUCUCAACAAGGACCAGCCUCACGGGAUGUGCCAUGACUACCGAGUCCGCUUCCUCUGCCGCAAACUAGUGCGUCCCCACGCUUACAUCUCCGUUGACUCCCAGUCCAACAGCAGCGUCCUGGAGCUGGCUGACCCCCCUCAGGGCUGGGGCCCCGGGGACCGCAUCGUGGUGGCCAGUACGGACUACUCCAUGCACCAGGCCGAAGAGUUCACUUUGCUGCCCUGUCCCAGCUGUGCCUCCAACCAGAUCAGAGUGGCAGGUACAGCACAGUUUCUCCACAUGGGUGAGCUGGUGGACGGGGUGGACAUGAGAGCGGAGGUGGGCCUGCUGACCAGAAACAUCCUGCUCAGAGGAGAGAUGCAGCCCGAGUGCUACAACGAGAGCGCAUGCAAGUUCUUCAACUUCGAUACCUUUGGAGGACACCUCAAGGUGGAGAGGGGUUUCCGGGCCGUGCACUUAUCCGGGUUGGAGCUCCAGCACAUGGGCCAGCAGACCAUGGGACACUACCCCAUCCAUUUCCACAUGAACGGGGACGUGGAUGAGAAAGGAGGCUACGACCCCCCCACCUCCAUCCAACAUGUGUCCGUACACCACUCCUUCUCCCGCUGCGUCACCAUCCACGGCACCAACGGCCUCCUGGUGAAGGACGUGGUGGGUUACGACACUCUAGGACACUGCUUCUUCACCGAGGAUGGUCCAGAGGAAAGGAACACAUUUGACCACUGUCUGGGUCUCAUGGUGCGAGCCGGGACCCUGCUGCCCUCUGACCGUGACAGUAAAAUGUGCCGAGACAUCACCAGAGACUCCUUCCCCGGAUAUGUGGCCAACCCCAGGCAGGACUGCAGUGCCACCUCCACCUUCUGGAUCGCCAACCCCAACAACAACCUGGUGAACUGCUCGGCUGCAGGCUCUGAGGAGACUGGAUACUGGUUCAUCUUCCACCAUGAGCCCACGGGCCCUUCUGAAGGCAUGUACAAACCCGGGCGGACAGAGCUCACCCCCAUGGGCCUGUUCAUCAACAACCGGGCACACUCCAACUACAGGGCUGGGAUGAUCCUGGACAAUGGAGUCAAAACCACUGAAGCCAACAACAAGGACAAGCGGCCCUACCUGUCUCUGGUGGGAUCCAGGUAUGGCCCUCACCAAGAUGCAGACCCCUUGAAACCUCGGGUCCCAGCUCGGAUCCACCGCUUCAUCGCCUACAAGAACAUGGACCAGGGAGCGUGGCUGAGAGGAGGAGACGUGUGGUUGGACGACUGCCAAUUUGCAGAUAACGCCAUUAGCCUGACUCUGGCCAGUGGAGGUACGUUUCCAGAUGAUGACGGCUCCCACCAGCAGGUGGUGAACUCUUUGUUUGUGGGAGAGAGUGACAACAGAGGGAGCUUCCAGCCUGGCACUGUGUGGGGCCCCGGGGGUAUGGACCUCAAGGGCCGCUCUCUGCCUCACGCCGUAGACUUUCCAUUGCGAGGUAUGCAGGUGUACGACGGGCCCAUCCGCGUCCAUAACUGCACCUUCCGUAAGUUCGUGGCUUUAGAUGGACGCCACACCAGCGCCCUCGGCUUCAGGCUCAACAACUCCUGGCAGAGCUGUCCAAACAACAACGUGUCCCAGCUCACCUUUGACCAAGUCCCGCUGACCUCACGGCUCUUCUUUGGGGAGGUGGGCCCCUGGUUCAGUCACAUGCAGAGGGAUGGGGACAAGACCACCAUCCUUCACGACACAGACGGGUCCCUGAGCCAGUACCCUGGGGCCUACCUGGUCAAAGACGACAACUGGCUCCUGCGCCACCCUGAAUGCAUCGACGUGCCCGAGUGGAGAGGGGCCAUCUGCAGCGGUCACUAUGCACAGAUCUACAUCAGGAUCCAAAACCCAGCCAACCUGAUGAUGCAGAUGGUGAGAGACGAUUACCCGGACCGGCCCCUGACUCUAGAGGGCGCUGUGGCCAAGAAGAGCCACUACCAGCAGUUCCAGCCUGUGGUGACUCUGUACAAGGGCUACACAGUACACUGGAACCACGCCGCACCACAAGAACUCAUCAUCUGGAUCAUCAACUUCAACAAGGACGACUGGAUCAACGUGGGCCUGUGCUACCCCCAAGGCACCACCUUCACCAUCCUCUCCGACGUGCACGACCGCGUCGCCAAAACCACCCGCAAGACCGCCACCUACGCCCCCACCAACAACAAGGACAAGCUGCAGCACCCACACCCCACCAGGGGCUACUACUACUGGGAGGAGCACACCGGCCUGCUCUUCUUGAGGGUCCUGGCUCAUAACCACAGGGAGGGCUUCUCCUUCUGCUCGAUCAAAGGCUGUGAACGUAUCAAGAUCAUGGCUGUCAUCCCCAAAAACGCCCGCCCCAGUACCUGCAUGUCCCAGGCCUACCCCCAGCACGCACGUGAGCUCCCCCUGGUGGACGUGCCCAUGCCCCACAAGCUUCCAGACAACGAAGUGCCCUGGUCUGACCACUUCCUGGAGGUCCGUCUGGAUUCCUACAACAAACGCUUCUUCCACAUCAAGGAAGAUUACGCCUUCACUGAGGUGAAUGGUACGAAGUACCAGGCGGAGGACGGCGUGCUAGUUACUGUGGUGAAUGGCCAUGAUGGGAAGGUGAUGGAGAGCACAGGGUUCAAAAUGUCUGUCCUCCAGGGCAUCCCCGCUCAGAUCCACAACUACAUCAGCCAGCUCCCAGACAACUCAAUUGUCUUGAUGGCCUCUAAGGGCCGCUUAGUGACCAAGGGCCCCUGGAUGAAGGUUCUGCACACCCUGGGAGCCGACCCCUCCAUCAAACUCAAAGAGAAGUUCACGUUCAUAGGCUUUAAAGGCUCCUUUGUUCCACACUGGGUUCAACUGGAGACAGACUCAAAGCAGGCCAAGAUUCACCAGGUCCUGCCUAUCCCUGUUUUCCAAAUGAUCAAGCUGUGAGCUCCAGACUAGAGGCUCCUCAGACUGAAGCUGACUGAACACAACUGAUGUAAAAAUACAUGUACAAGUACAACAGCAAGUACAAGUACAAGUACAUGUACAUGUACAAGUACAUGUGGAUGCAGCAGAGCACUGGAGCUCCUUUAGCUCAUAGCCUCAUGACCAUGUGUACAUAUGUGUACAUAGUGUGUACAGAAGCUGUGCACUUUGGGCUGUCUGUGAGGAGCAGCGCUGGCAGCAGACUGUCACAUGUCCACACAGACAGUCCCCCCUCUCCUCCUGGCAAUGUGCCUCCAGGAGCAGUGGGGCUGUUCUUGUACAUAGGCUGUGAACACUGUCUCACAUUUCCCCAAGUCCCCAAAUGAAGAAUGCAACUGUCCUGUUUGUCUGAAUGUCCUGUGAGUGAGGAACAACAUAAAUAUAUUGAUUAGGAUGUGCAUUAUGCACUCAGUGGACCCUGCACUCUAGUCCUCCCCUCUGUCUGUGAGGGGUUUCUAUGGCAACGUCCUGAAUACAUGACACUUUAUGCAAAUCUCCACAUCUAAUAUAAAUGAAUCAAGCACUUUUUAAAAACUCUUUUCAACUAUGACCAGUCCAAAACUUGGUUUCUGUGAUUCUUAAUUUGAUAAGCACAAAAAGAAAAGAGUCCUGAGUCUGAGGAUUGUUCAAACGCCAUGCUACAUAAAUGUGUGUUUAAGUGUAUAGUUAGUGUGUGUCCUAUGUGAGACAUGUCCCCCGGGUGUCCCCGCAGGCAGACAGCCAUGUCCCAGGACACCUGUCUGUGUGUCAGAGAAAAUCCAACAUCCAUCACUGUAGUAGGAGUUUUGAAUGUGUAGAGAGAUUUAUUUGAAAACUUCUAAAUCAUUCCAUUCUGAAAGCAUGUCCUCCAGGCCACAGCCGAAAUAGCUGGUCUGUUUUCGGAGGGGAAGCCAUACGUUUAGAGUAGCACACAUUUAUUUUGUAUUUCUAAUUUAUUGUAAACCUUGGCCCUGGUGUAAAUGUGUGCUAUGUGCUGCUUUGCUUGGUUUCUGUUCAAUAAGAGAAUCAACUUGU